GACUAAUUGAACGCAUAUGUUUUAGGUCCUUAGGUCAGGGUGUUUUGUCGUGGACUGCGUCAUUACUUGAAUUUCUGUAUUUUUAAAUAAUUAAGAUGUGACGUGUGUUGUAGUGGCAGGCUUCAUUCUCAGAGUCAACAUCAAGUCCACAGUUACAGAGGUAAUCAAGGGAAGUUAUAAGUACCAUGAAACAGAAGGGAUGGUUUAUUUCGUCCCCUGUAUUGCUAUGAGGAUACAUGGAGUUGAAAGUUUUAGAACCAUUGAUUAAAGCAUAUAAAAAAGAUUUCAGCCAGGAGCUUACAAUUUACACGUGAAACUAUUUGAUUAGCUGUUAAUAGUUUUUUUGGUAUCAGACCAGAUAAAAUGUUUCUGCUGCUCUGCCUCGCUACACUGGUCACUGUAGGACUGACACAUCCUACCUAUCAGAACGCCAUUCCGAAUGGUCACCACACACAUAAUCCAUGCGGCGGUCAAGCAUGGCACGGAGUCGGUCAUUUACUAUCAGCGGGGUCAGGACCUUUGAAUCCUUUUGGAGUGGACUUUGCUGCUGCUGGACACACGUGGACAGCGGCCUUAUGUCGUCUUGACUCCGACAGAGAUGGCCGUACAAAUGGUGCUGAACUAGGUGACCCUCAAUGCACGUGGACACCUGCUCACCAUGGUCAUAUGCCAGCGUCUACUGGUCAUCCAGGUAUCUGUGAGCCCAUUGGAAGUACUGCCUGUGCCUGGCAAAAUGUCGUCUGUUAAGUCUCAAGUAUUUUGUCUUGACAACAGAAAAUCGAUAUAACCUAUAUGUUUUCUUUCGUAUUAGACUCUCAGACUUGCUACUAUUUAUUUACCACAAUAAAUACUAAUAGACUCUC